AUGGACAAUCCUUGUAAAAUGCAAAAAUACGAUAGGCAAGUACGGAUUUGGAAAGCAGAAGGGCAAUAUGCUAUUGAGCAAUCACAUAUUUGCUUGCUAAAUGCCAAUACAGUGGGUUGUGAAGCAUUAAAAAAUACAAUUCUUCCUGGAAUUCGUGAAUUUACUGUAAUUGACAAAUCGUUGGUAGAUCUGAAGCGUGAUGGAUCCAACUUCUUUGUGCAGUACGAUCAAGAAGGACAGAGCCGAGCUUUAUGCACUAGUACCUUACUACAGCAGUUGAAUCCAUCAGCGGAAAUGAAUUACCUAGAAGUGGAACCAGAAGAGUUAAUAGAGAAAGAUAUUGAAUUUUUUUCAAGAUUUGCAAUUGUUUUCGCUUCAAAACUUAAAAGUGAGGCUUUGCUUCGACUUGAAGCUUUCUUAAGGUCCAAAGGAAUUCCUCUCAUCUACUACAAUUCUAUCGGAUUCGCAGGCAUAAUUCGAAUCUCUCUCCCAGAAUAUACAACCGUUCAGUCUCAGCCCGAGGUACCUUUAGAUUUACGAAUUCGCACUCCUUGGUUUGAUUUGAUGGAUCAUGUACGCUCCUUGAACAUUAGUCAAAUGGACGUAACAACAAGGAAUGAGCUUACAUAUAUCGAGCUUUUAAUUCAUUAUAUGCUACAAUUUGAGAGGCUGCAUCAUCGGAAGCCAGAAAAUUCGGAUGAUAGAAGAAUUUUGCAAGAUAUGAUUCGAAAGGACAUACAUGGACAAGCUCCUGAAAAUUACGAAGAAGCAUUAUCAAGCUAUUGGAGAAUUCUUCAAGAGUAUAAGAUACCUUCGAACGUGAUGGAAGUACUCCAGGAUGAAAAAAGUCAACAUCUUAGUGAAUGCUCCACCGAUUUUUGGAUACUAUGUCAUUCUUUGAAAUGCUUCUACGAGGAGAGAGGAACUUUGCCAUUGUUAGGUACAAUUCCUGACAUGCAUUCUAAUACUCAGCGUUACUUGACUAUAAAGCAAUUGUACAAUGAAAAGUAUCUUACAGAUUUUGGUGCUCUAAAAUUAUUUGUUCAAAGAGCAUUAAAGUCUCAGAAAAGGCCUGUGGAUGAUAUACCGGAUAUUGUGAUAAAAAGGUUUUGCAAAAACGUUUUGAACAUUAAGGUUCUUCGAUACAGAUCCAUACAAGAAGAAUUUGAGACUCCCAACAAUUUAGAUUCAUUUCUUUCUGAAGAAAAUUCUCUCCUUCCUUGGUAUUUUGCGUUUCGAAUCUCGGAGCAACUUUUCAGUUGUCACCCACAUGCAUCACUAGAAAAGGAAUCUCCCAUUGUCAAUUCCGAAUUGGACAAUUUAUUUGAAAAGUAUUCAUUGAAACAGGAAUACAAAGAAAAGGUUUUGGAAUGCAUUGAGGAACUAUCUCGAGCAUCCGGUUAUGAAGUUCAUCCAGUUUCCUCUCUAGUAGGCGGAAUUGCUGCACAAGAGGCAAUUAAGAUCCUUACGAAACAUUAUCUACCGGUCAAUCACACAUGCAUCUUUAAUGGAGUUCAUAGCAAAACUGAAACAUUUAAUAUUUAG